AAUUAAUUUGGCAACAAUGAAGUCCAAAACCGGAAAAGCUUGAUGUUCAUGUAUUCAGAUUGGAGCUGUGUGUGAAAAAAACGAUAACUAUUUCUUUCCUUCUCGAUCCGUUGAACGCACGAGACAAUUCAAAAUGUCGUCUGCUUUGAACUGGAUGAUCAUCCGUAACAACAAUGCUUUCCUUCUUAAGAAGAGAAACAUCAACAAACCAUUCUCAACUGAAGCAAAUAAUUUGACCAACUUGAGCAGCUAUCGUUACUCUGGUUUAGUACACAACAAAACAGUAUCUGUUGUUGAUGCACCAGACAAGAAAGGAUUCACUGUUGUUACAAAAAAACCAAAAUGCGGUAAAAAACCAGCAAAGGCUUUGGAAAGACGUACAAUGAAAGCUGGACCACGUCGUUCACUUUACAAGUUGAAGACAUUCCUUUCAGCCAACAAGUACAGACGUGACCUCACCAAGGCUGCUCUUCGUCGUGCCAGUGCUGUUUUGAGAUCACAAAAACCUCUUCCAGUCAAAAAAGUCCGUGCUGCCAAGAAAGCUGAAUAAUUAUUGAACUGCAUUACAAUUAAUAAAUACUUGAAAAUAUAAAAAUCAA